AUGCAGCGCGCUUCCGACGUGGCUCUUCGCUACUCGACUGCGUCGAUCGACAAGCUCAAUACUGAAGCGUACGUCGGCGUGGCCACCCCGAAAAUUGACUUGGAAGGCGGUGCACUCCGCGCCGGCGGGCCGCCCGUCUACACGAGUCGAGAGGUGCUUGCCCUCCUCUUCCAGUAUGGCUGCGCUGGCAUUCUCUUGGGCGGCUUCAGUAGCAUCAGUUACCCGCUCUUCACGGGCUACUUCCAUAUGACCGGUGCGCAGUCCAACUCGGUUCGGACGCUUAUGGGCCUUGGCUGGACGUGCAAGGUCUUCUUCGGCCUCCUCACCGACUGCGUUCCGAUCUGCGGCUACCGUCGCAAGUCGUGGAUCAUCAUCGGGUGGCUCUGCUGCCUUGCAGUCAUGCUUGGCAUCGCUUGCAUGGACCUCGGGCGUCCGUACUACGGGGACCCAGCGCUUCUGGACAUUCCGCCCGAGAAUCUCACGGCCGCCGACCUCGCCCAAAUCAACGAGUCGGCGCCGACGACGGGGGGCACGCUCGCGAUCCUGAUCGGCCUUGCGACUGCGUUCUACGUUCGCGAGCCCGCGUCGGUGCGCGGACGCAUUCAGUCGCUGGCGUACGCCGUGCGGACGGGCUUUUGCACGAUCUCGAUGGUGAUUGUGGGCGUGUGCAUGAACUCGCCGCGGUUUGCCGGCAGCUUUGACUGGGACUUUGGCGUCAACACGAUCUUCAUCGUCUUUUGCGCGCCGUGCGUGCUCAUGCCGCCCGUGGCUUUCUUUUUCAUUCACGACACCAAGAUGCCGCCGUUCGACCUGCGGUCGUACCUCCAGCAGACUUGGGCGACGAUCCAGCGGCGGGUGACGUGGCAGCUCGUCCUCUUCAUCUUCUUCUCGCAGCUCCUCGGCGGCUACAGCCUUACGACGACCGCGGGCCCGUACGUCAUGAUGGUGUGGGCCAACGUCAAGAACCUCCAGAGCCAAAUCCAGGCCAUGGCGUAUGCUGGUGUCCUCAGUAUUGUCGUCGCGAUCAUUGGCAAGUACGGCACGCACUGGAACUGGCGCGUUGUCGUCGUCUCGACCACGCUCUCGGUGGUCGUUAUUGACUCGAUCGUGCAAUUCUGCACCAUCUUCAACGUGUGGCGGUCGCCCUAUUUCUACUUGGGCGCGCCGCUCGUCGAGUCGGUGCCCCUCGGUAUUCAGUACAUUGUCACGACAUUUUUGAUCGCCGAAGUCGCCGGCGUUGGCAACGAAGGCAUGAUGGUCGGCCUCUUCAUGACGACGUUCAACCUCCCGAGCACGGUCGGCCCGGUGCUUGCCAACAUGCUCUACGCGUCCUUUGAGGUGGAUGCGACUUCGAUCAGCGCGGAUUCGAUGGCCACCCGAUACCAAGUCGCGUACUCGUACGUGAUUUACUACGCAGCAAUGCUAUUGUCGUGCGUUACGGUCGUGCUGCUGCCACCCCAAAAGGCCGAGUUGCACCAGCUCCAGCGCGACGCAGGGUCGUACCCGAAGGUUGCGAUCGCCGUGUGCAUUUUCAUUGUCGUCAUGUUUGUUGUUGCCGUCACGGGCAGCGUCCUCUCAAUGUUUCCGUCGACGUCGUGCCUCUUGCUCGCGGGCGGGUCGGGCUGCGAGUAG